AUGAGCCGUAAACCCACUCCGAAAGGCAAAAUACUGUUACGAUACUCACAGAGUGUGCUAAACUCACACAAACAUGGAUCGCAUUUCUUUUGUGUUCUACCCUCAUUGGUCCCAUUGCACAAAACCAAGGACGUAAACAAAUGUUCCAUGUGCAAUGAUUCCACCGGUUGUGAAAAAUGUACACCCCCAUCGGAUUUGGUCAAUGUGGACCAGGAACUUGUACCCGGGUCCGUCGAAUGCAAACAACCGGAUACCCGAACGGGGGUAUUCCGUUUCCAUUCGGUUCGCAUUCGAUCCAAGCCAUCCAGUCCGCCCACAUCUCCCGCCACCGGACUGCGCAGUCCGCACUGUCCGACGAGUCAUGGGGAUCGGAUGAAUGAUUUGUCUGUUGAACAUACCGGAGAAAUCCAACCGUUGAAUAUGCUGUCGCCACGAAGUGCACGCGUUUCCUUAAGCUCGUGGACAUCGUGUAUCCAACUGGAUAGAACGGAUGUUACUGAGACGAAAGUGGACGAUACAUUGGAAAGGUAA